AUGAAGCUCCAAUUCCCCAUCUCCGCCUUUGCCUUUAUCAGCAGUAUUGUCAACGUCGUCGCCCUGCCCCCAUCCCAUCAGCCCCGCGACAUACCUAACCCGCUCGCCAUCCGCGAUGGCAGGCCCAGCAGCGCAAACUGCAAUUCUGUCCCACAAUGCUGCGAGGCCACCUACUCCAGCGAGGACAGGCUGGUCAUCCAGGGACUGAAGAUGUUCGAGUUAGAUCCGGAGGGCGGCGGGAAGAGUGGGUUCUCCGUUGCCACUCUGUGUAAGUUUCGAUGCCACUUCUUUACUGAAUAUAGGAUGAUUGCGCUGACCGGAGAGAUGUUUAAAAUGGAAAUAAAGCGGGCAAACCGAUGA